CCCCAUUCAGAUCCCCAAUCUUCACAAAUCAAUCAAUCUCUUCAGUCUCUUCGAUCAAAAAUCUCUGCAAUCUUCUCAGUUCAUCUUUAGCUAUGGCUCGUACAAAGCAAACCGCUCGGAAAUCCACCGGAGGAAAAGCCCCAAGGAAGCAAUUAGCAACCAAAGCAGCCCGGAAAUCAGCACCAGCAACCGGAGGAGUGAAGAAACCUCACAGAUUCAGGCCAGGAACUGUCGCACUUCGUGAGAUCAGGAAAUACCAGAAGAGUACCGAACUGUUGAUCCGUAAACUACCCUUUCAGCGUUUAGUACGUGAAAUCGCUCAAGAUUUCAAAACUGAUUUGAGAUUCCAGAGUUCAGCAGUUGCAGCUUUACAAGAAGCAGCUGAAGCUUAUCUUGUUGGUUUGUUUGAAGAUACUAAUUUAUGUGCUAUUCAUGCUAAGAGAGUUACUAUUAUGCCUAAAGAUAUUCAACUUGCUAGGAGAAUCAGAGGUGAACGAGCCUAACUGUAAAUGUGUUGUUUGAGGUCUUAGAGUUUGUGGAUGAUUUUAGGAUCUGUGUGUUUUGAUUUUGGGAUGUUGGAACUGUCUGUGUUCUGAUUUGAUUAAUCUAAUGGAAUAUAUUCAGUCUUAUCUCUAAA